AAUGCACUAAAGAAUGAAUAUAUCGAUCAUUUUUCUUGGUAACGAUGUUAGUCAUAUCAUAAAGUUAUAACGGUUGGAUAAGUAAAAUACUUCCUGCUUGUAAACAUUGUUGUGUAAGACACUUUUUUCUCUAAGAACACAGAUCAAGUUCGAAAAAGGGAGACGUCACUUUUACCGUUCCUCUCUGACAUUCAUAUUUAAGACAAUGAUAUCUGCUGUAUCGGAGCUGAUUGUAGAAGACCUUGGAAGUUAUAGUUUGAACCGUGUUCAUGGAAUCAUUGAAUCUAAUCUUAUUAAGCCUAUGUCAGUGGUGGUCGAGAAAACUCCUGUACGAAGGAAGUUUUGGGCAGACAAUCAGUACAUAGUUUAUAAUUACCUUAUUUCAGAUCUUUUAUCAGGAGAUUCCGAUGGUUUUGCAAAUAUACCUAUCGAAACAAAGAAUUUUGUUAAUUAUUGCAAAGCCAAAGAAAUAAGUUGUGGUGUAAGCGGAAAGCUUUCUUUGGAAGUAUUCAACAAACUGCCACAUUUAAAAGCAGAUGCCAAAGCAUCAGGUGGCAUCUUAAUCAAAAUAAAAGAGGGUGGCCUCAAACUAUCUACUUUAAAGGAAACAGAGUUUGAAAGACAGUUGAAAGGAAGGAGUGUUAAAAAAGAUCACGAUUUUCUGACCAGUUUUUUUGAUAAACCAAGACGUCGCAUUUGUGUUGUAACAUCUAUAUUGGAAACUGCUGACAAAACAGUUAUUGAGUGUUGCAGCAAAAGUAGAGCCCAUGGUAGCGUUUCGGCAGAGGUUGUAGGACAAGGUGCUAACGUUCAAGCAGAAGGUAGUAGUACUGCGUUUGGUACGCUGACUCUGGAACCAGGAACGGUUUUAGCAUGCAAUUGGAAGAUUUUGAAACUUGACAGAGAAACAGGUGAAAUUGGACUUGAUUAUCCACUUUCAGCACCAAAAAAUAAAAAAUGUACAGUGAUAGCAAAUUCUACUGCUGCAGACUUUAUUGAUGGCGACGACAAAUCUAUGGACUGUGAACUGCCUGAACUGUUUGAUCUAAAGAGCGCAAGUGAAGAUGAACGACACAAAUUUAAGACUGCAAUUACAGCUAUCAAGAAAUGUUCCCGUGACAUAGAUGAACUAAUGAAAAUGUUUGAAAACAAGAUUGCAAACACAAAGACAUUGCAAGAGAAAGUAAAGCACAGUGAAGCUGUAUUUUCACUCCUGAGUUUAGCCGGGUACACCGUGGAAGGAAAAUAUAUUAAAAAGACAAGAGAUACUACGAUUGAAACAGCAGUAGAAGCAGUUGUGGAAGCUUUGGAUACCUUUAAUAGAGCCGAUGUGGAGUGUAUUACAAACUGCAAUCAAUACCAAAAGGAGGGUUUUUUAAAUAUUAUCAAACGAGCAAUGAAGGGUGAGACAGUGAUACAAAUUGACACCAAGUUCGUCGAAGAACUACAGAAAAAACCCGUUGAACACGUUUUGGCAGUCUUGAAUUUUGAAAUUGAUCCGAGAUCUUCAUCAGUUAUAACACCAUCAAAGAACGUUUGUUCACUUAAAGGCAUGUGCUAUCUUUUUGCGUACCUUUAAUCUUAUCCAGGAGAGUUUUACAUUUACUAUAUGACAAACAGCUGUAUAUGAUUUUGUUUCUCCUUACAAUUAUUUCGAUUGAAAAAUAAUUUUUAAAUCGCCUUUUUUCUAUUUCGUCACCGGAUUAUUGCGGUAAUAGUUUGACAUUACACAACUGCUAUGAGAUGAAGCAAUGCUUCAUCCCCUUAUAGGAAGUCAUCUUGUUCCGGUUGGUUGACGGAGUGUCCAUGUCAAUGGGGCUUGGUCCAUCUAUACCAAGUGUCGUCGACAGGGCCUGAGGUUAAAUUUCCCUUUGCUGAGUACUUGACUCCCAAGGGCCAAAUUAUUUAUAUAUUUUAUCAAUAAAAAAUAGAAAUUAAAUAAUCUUGUUGUCAGC